UUUUAUCUCCUGGCAAUGCAACUGCAGCCGAAUCGACCACACGCCAGAAUGGAUAUAUCAGUUAAUGUGCCAGCUGUCCAAUUUGAGUCUAACAAGGAGUUUCAAACAAAAGGUAUCCUGAACGAUGGGGACAGUGGAUUUCUCCGCUAUAGGCACAAAUUUGUCCAGCCCAAAGGCAAUACACAGGCAAAUCGUGAGAUAUUAACCACGUUAUUGUCCACCAGUGGCGACAACAGCAGUGAUUUCGUAGAAAAAUUAAUAGCCGAAGAUAUAUCGUAUAGAGAUUUGGCCUCAUUAACACAAGAAGAUCUCGAGCUAAUGGGUUUCAACAAACGGAAGCAGCAAGAACUGUUAUCUUUUUUCGCACAAUUGCCCAAUCAGGAUCCUUCAUAUGCACAGAUUUGUCAACUAAAAGAAGCCUAUGCAUACAAUCGUAAAAUCGUUAGCAAUGCCAAUCACCAUUUGGAGACAAUGCGCUCUGCUUUGGCAGCAACUAAUUACAAAUUGCAAAUAAUGCCCCCAGUUGAUGUUAUAGUUGGUGAGAAGUACUUUGCAAGCCGCUUUGUUUUGGAGGCCUUGAAUGAAUUGUAUAGCGCCACCGAUGAUGUGGAAAAAGAAAUGGAGGAAAUAGAGCAGAUGAUUUUAAAGAAAAAUCAGCAAAAUAGUACCGCUAUAAAAGCGCAUAGAAAACCGCAAAAUAAAAUUUGGAGGACUUCGUAUUUCCUUUGGAGUUCCAUAACAUCAUUAGGAAUUUGUAUUGCCUUAUAUUACUGGAAACUUAGAAAAUAACUGGAAGUUUAUGUUACACAAGAAAUACCACUUUUCAAAGAAAAAGGCUGUAUGUAUUAUAUGGAUCUAAUAUUUUUUUUAUUGAUUUUUGAUAGUAUGAAAGUAGUAUAUAAGUUUUAGUUUGGUUGUUACGAAAUGAAAUGUUAUACUAUGAAAAAAUGACUUGAUGCUUACAAAUUCCCCGUUGAAGUACAAAAUAAAACGCAUUUGCGUAUAUAUUUAGUAGUUAAUA